UUGACUUUAUCAGUCCAAGGACAUUACUCUGGAGGCGAAGAGACUGGGACUCGCGCGGCGAGCGGCGAGGAUCGAGCUUGCCUAUUACCCGCUGGCCGCGAGCCGGCCUCGCCACUUGGGGCAGCCCAGGCGAGAGGCCGGUACCCAGGGAGCCUCCUGGCUCCGCGGUUCGGCGCUCUCGGGGAGAGGAGGGGUGCCCGGGACAGGAUUGGCAAACUCCGCCCUCCACUUAUUAUUUAGCUUAUUUUUCUUUGUGCGCUCCUGCUAGUUUGUUAAACCAGAUCUAGUCCCAGAGUCUUUUCUCCUCCCUUCUGCUCUCUCCUCCUUCCCCCCUCCUUCCCCCCCACCCCACCCGCUCCUUCUUCUUCCCCUCCUCCCUCCUAUCCCUCUGCAGGAGACUCUUGCGGCUACGGAAAGUUGCAGCCCCUGGUAGCGCCUUGGGGUUCUGUCGGCAGCGUCCAACGGCCGCCACCCCUCUCCUACUACGGCACUUCGGAGAGCUUCGCCGGCACCCUCGGUCACUUCAGCCGGAUCGCCAGUGCCCAGAACGCCCCACCCAUGACGAUGCUGCUGGACGGAGGCCCGCAGUUCCCCGGGCUAGGAGUGGGUAGCUUCGGUGCGCCGCGCCACCACGAGAUGCCCAACCGUGAGUCGGCCGGCAUGGGACUGAAUCCCUUCGGGGACUCAACCCACGCAGCGGCCGCCGCUGCUGCCGCAGCUGCCUUCAAGCUGAGCCCGGCAGCGGCGCAUGAUCUCUCUUCGGGCCAGAGCUCGGCGUUCACGCCGCAGGGUUCAGGCUAUGCCAACGCCCUCGGCCACCACCACCACCACCAUCACCAUCAUCACCACGCCAGCCAGGUGCCCAGCUACGGAGGCGCUGCCUCUGCCGCCUUCAACUCCACGCGCGACUUUCUGUUCCGCCAGCGCAGCUCUGGGCUUAGCGAGGCGGCUUCGGGUGGUGGGCAGCACGGGCUCUUCGCUGGCUCGGCGAGCAGCCUACACGCUCCAGCUGGCAUUCCUGAGCCCCCUGGCUACUUGCUGUUUCCCGGGCUGCACGAGCAAGGCGCCGGGCACCCGUCGCCCACGGGGCACGUGGACAACAACCAGGUCCAUUUGGGGCUGCGCGGGGAUCUCUUUGGCCGUGCUGACCCGUACCGUCCGGUGGCCAGCCCGCGUGCGGACCCCUACGCCGCCAGCGCGCAGUUCCCGAACUACAGCCCCAUGAACAUGAACAUGGGCGUGAACGUGGCGGCCCACCAUGGGCCAGGCGCCUUCUUCCGUUAUAUGCGGCAGCCCAUCAAGCAGGAGCUGUCCUGCAAGUGGAUCGACGAGGCUCAGCUGAGCCGACCCAAGAAGAGCUGUGACCGGACCUUCAGCACCAUGCACGAGCUGGUGACGCAUGUCACCAUGGAGCAUGUGGGGGGCCCAGAGCAGAACAACCAUGUCUGCUACUGGGAGGAGUGCCCCCGCGAGGGCAAGUCCUUUAAGGCGAAGUACAAACUGGUCAACCAUAUCCGAGUCCACACGGGCGAGAAGCCCUUCCCAUGCCCUUUCCCGGGCUGCGGGAAGAUCUUUGCCCGUUCUGAGAACCUCAAGAUCCACAAGAGGACCCACACAGGUGAAAAACCGUUCAAAUGUGAAUUUGAAGGCUGUGACAGACGCUUUGCCAACAGCAGCGAUCGCAAGAAGCACAUGCAUGUGCAUACUUCGGAUAAGCCCUAUAUCUGCAAAGUGUGCGACAAGUCCUACACGCACCCGAGCUCCCUGCGCAAACACAUGAAGGUUCAUGAAUCUCAAGGGUCAGAUUCCUCCCCUGCUGCCAGUUCAGGCUAUGAAUCUUCCACUCCACCCGCUAUAGCUUCUGCAAACAGUAAAGAUACCACUAAAACCCCUUCUGCAGUUCAAACUAGCACCAGCCACAACCCUGGACUUCCUCCCAAUUUUAACGAAUGGUACGUCUGAGGACAAACACAAACACAAACCCUGUUAACCUUAGAACGGACUAAAUGCAUUUUUAAAAGGAAACUGAGACCAAUGAGAUGGAAAUGGAGUUUUAAUGCAAGAGACCAUAUAUAGGGCUACAUCUUGUUAAUUGUAAUUGUCCAGGAAGGUUUUGGGCAAGAUCCAAAAGUAGCUGUGCCCUUUUCUCAGGAUCAGAAAAUGUUUUGGCAUUUGAAGAAUUUUUUUUUUUUUUUUACAGAAUCUUGUCACUGCUUUUUCUUCCCCUUCCUCUUGCUUUCUGCGCAUCCCAUUCCUAAACUCCUUCAAUUCAUUUUAACACUUGUCCUGUUUCUUGAGAGGAAGUUAUAGAAGGUUUGAUGGUGGUGGUGAUGUUACACUGAUGGAAAUUCUUCUUCGCCUUAGUGGUGAUUGUUUAAACUCUCACAGUCUUAAACCGUGCCAAAGUCCUGUUAUGUCUUGAACUUUUCCUCAAAGCAUUACACUUGUGAAUGUAUUUUUGUCUAAUGGGGUCGAAACUGUUGUUCAGUAUUUUUUCAGGCUGAGGAUGUGAUGUUACUCUACACAGAUUGUGACAUUUAGUAUACGAUUGCCUUUUGUAAUAACUUUUUUUUUUGUAAAUACAUAUCCAUUGAUGCCAUAUUUAUCGUUUGUAAUUUAAUUAUUGCUACAAGUGCCGGGAACUGAACAAUAUUUAUGGAUAAAUGUUUUCUAACAAAUUCUGUACAGCUUUUGAUUAUAACUGCUUUAGCAUUAAAAAUUUAUUGUUUUGAAAAAGGAACACAAUUUACAAUUUUUGAACCACUGACUCCUUUCUCUUGUUUUGUAACAGCCUCCUUGUACAAAGAGGCGACGUGAGCAAAUUGAAUCUUGUUUGUUGGUAUUUAUAACUCACGCAGAUCUCUUUUUUAAUUAUUAAAUUAUUUUUCUAUUACAGUAUAGAUUCCUUACAGUGUCAGUGUCCAUCUGGGAAGACCCUCCUUUCUUUAUCUCUAGCUCAGAUGGUUGUUUAACUGCGAGUUUAAAUGUGUUUGUCCUGGAUUUUCGGCAUGCAAAUCAAAUAUUACUGAUCAAUUCAGUUAGUGGCCAUGACAUCUCAAUCUUGUACUUCAAAGAGUGAGAAGCUGGAUUUAAUCAUCCCUGCCCUACAUAUAUAAACAUAAGGUAACCUAACGAGUUUUAUGUCCCUUAGUUCUUUAUUACCUUACAUAAAAAUGAAAAUUGCGGCAGGAUGCAUGUCUAUCUAUUCUAUCUAGAGGUCACCCAUACACCUAUAUAUGUUUGUAUCUAUGACUUAUCUAAUCUGCCUAUCAAAUCUGUCUAGCUAUCUAUAUAUUUUCAAAUGAUAGCAUAUGUCUGCAACAGUGGUGAAUGAGCAAGGCCAGUUGAGCAGUACUUAUGCUUAAAGUGCUUCUUAAAAGAACCAUAGUCCAUUCAAAUUUUGGAAGGCAAAGGCUGAUUUGUUUUCUGUAUAUAGUUCUAUUCUUAAUUGCCACAAUUAUUCAUAACAUUUAUAUAGCGGUGUAAUAACUGCAACAGUUCUGAAAUACUGUGGAAAGAAAAACAUUUGCAAAAUAUGUAUUUUUAAAGUUCAUGAUUUGUAGGCAAAGAUGUUAAGAGCAUUGUUUCCAUUAAAAUCAAUAACAAUGAAAAAUGGUUGUUUGCUUUGUGAUAAAAUGUUAACAAUCCAUUUAAUCUUCAGUGAAGCAACUCCUUUGGACAAACAGUUCUUUUACAGUGGUUAUAUGGAAAAGAAACUGAUUACUAUUUGUGGGGGUUGGAGUGGGUAGAGUAAUGAGACCUUUUUUAUUAUUAGGGUGCUGUUUAUUAUUUGAGAGCCCAAUCUCUGCAUGAAUGACAGAAAAGUGGAGAUAAGGAAUUGUAAAGUAUUUAGAAAUGUGAUGAAUAGGCUUAAGUACCUCUUUCUCUUUAAGGGGCAGUGCUCUAGGUUUUUUGGUGGCAGUCAAUUUGGUAUUAUAUAUAAUCAUUUUCAAUUCUGGAACUUUGUUUAUUGUUCCUUUUGAAGAAAUAAAGUCUUGGCACAUUUUAUUUAUGUUAUAACAUUUUUGUAUUUCGUGCCCAAUUUAUUUUCAUGUUCAAAUAAAUCAACCUAAUAUUGAAAUGCUUAGAGAACUUUUGAUGAUUAAAAGAAACUUUGAUUCUCUGGA